AUGCAUAAACCAAAGCGCGGUACGUCACAUUUUAUUAAGCCGGUACUGAGUACCGGGAGCGACUCCGCCUCCCGACGAGGUACGCGGCUUCGUCGCUUCUUACAUCGAAGCAGAGACGCAGAGGCGGAGCGGCGAUGUAUGGCGCGCGCGGCGGCCGAGUCGCAGGCGGAGGUCGCUCGGGUUCCCACGGCCCACGCGGUCGCCUUUAAAGGCGCGCGUCGCCCCGCAGCAAUUAAUCCGCAAAUGAACGUGUACAUUGUGAUUUAUAGAAUUGCAUAUCUUAAAUGCGUGUGUGAGAAACUAAUCGGUUUGUUUUUGAGAACGAGUGACGAGUGA